UAUAGUGACAUCAUUUUGAUUGGGAGUUUGUCGUGAGUGAAAAUAAACAAAUGUUAUUGUUGUCGCUAAUGGUAACAAAUUGCUUGUUUUGAAAGAUAGGGAAGCUUUGCGUUCUGAAAAACUGUCGAUUUUUUCUUUGAUCGCAUUCCCAAAGGAAACCGAACGCUCUGGAACCGGAAAUCGGACCCGGAUGAAAUUAAACAGCAACCUAUGAGACUGAAGGAUUUUUGUUUCAAAGCCUGUUUAUGGAAAUCGAUCAAAUCAUCGCUGAGAAAAUUGACAUAGUCGUUUUAUGGUGAACUUGCUGGCGUUAGUACCAGAACGUUUAUUACAAAUAUACGGGUGAAACUCGAAUGAGCUAUAAGAUAUUCAUUCACUUAGAGUCGAAACAAACAAAAUAGAAGAUAUGGAGAAAUUGUUUCAAAAAAUCGAUGGGUCGAGCACAAAAAAACUUUUAGAUAGCGGAAUUACAAGCGAAUCUAUAAUUUUAAUGGAGGAUAAAGAUUUAAUGGACAUCGGAAUAGAAAAAGGUCCGAGAUUGCUAAUAUUGGAAUUCAUAAGACAGGAAAAUAAUAACGCCCAAGAAAACAUAAAUGAAUCGAACUUAAAUGUACUAAACUGGAACGAUCCUCAUUCAACGUCAUCUAAAGCUCGUUUUACUUUUUUUAAUGAAAAAGAAAUAAGAACUGCGUUGGAAACAAGAACAGAUUUUCGUAACACUCUCUAUGGUGAACUUAAUGUUGGAGGGUUACCAAGCAAUAAAAACUUACUUUUCAUGGUCAGAAUUGUGUGUAGUCACUUUUUCGAGGAUCGAAUUCUAAACCAGCGCAGUUACCCCACAGCUUUUGAAAAACACUUGCUAGCAAAGCAAAUUGUGUCAACAUAUCCUCAGUUGAAGAGAAAGAAAAGAAAUGUUAUGGAUCCGGAUGAGGUGUCAGCAGAUAAACGCAAAUUCAACAGGAAUAAAGCCUAUGAUGAUUUCGACUUUGCUUCACAAGAAGUGUUGGAAAUUGUGCAUGCGCGGCUACAGAUUCAAAACCCGAGAACUGCCGCAUUAAUAAUUAAACAAUUUCCUCACAUGACAGCGUAUAAUGGACUUAUGAUUCAACAAUCGUUCGUCCGCAUGACUAGUUUGGAACAGCGAGUGGAUAUGGCGAAUAUUUUACUGAAGUGCAUUCUUUUGAACCGACAUGUCUUCAACGACAUAGAAGAUGAAUACAUUCAAGGCGCUCUUGUAGUAUUCCGUGAGCUUAUGGUUAGAGGCUGCAAAAGACUAAAGGAGGACGAUUCGAUGAGUGUGGAGGAAAUACAAGCAGCACCGUUAAUUCGUUGGGUUGAGGAAUCGAUAAAACACGAGCACCUAACGACCACCACUGCAAGAUAUGAGCCUCACAUCGCUUGUUUCGGCGAUAAGUUUAAAAAGGGUUCUUAUUAUGCCGUCUACGGCACAGAAUCUGUAUCCUGCGGCUACAGUUCUUUGAACUGUAUCGAUGUUUUCAUUAAAGGUUUCACUGUUCUGAAUGUUCGUGUUCCAACACUUCUUAGGAAUUUGAAGGAUUUUCUGGACAUAAAAGUGUACUCGUUGAAAAGUCAUAGCUCCCGGAACUCGGUCAAUAAUCUGUUGGAUGUUUUUGAUAAAGUUGACAAUGCUGAACGUCGAUCGUUGAUAUCAAAUGGUGAUACAUCAAUUUAGGAAACGAUACACCCUUACUGCUGUGCAUCCCAUUUGAGGCUUUUUGAAUUUUUCUGAAUGUAUAACUCGGUAGUAAAUGAAAUGCCGUAACUUAAGAAUAGUACUCUAAUAAUAUGGUCAGUACAUAGCAACCAGAAAAACUACAUAAACUGAACAUUGAACAUUUUGUAUUUUUUUUCGUGGAAAAAUAUUGAGAAAUAAGUCGGUGAAGAGGUAUUUUUGAGGACGCUUCUUAAAAAUCAUGAUUUGCGGUGUCCACUGUAUCCCAGCGCAGACUAAUCAGACGUAAACAAAUGAACGCGGCAUAUUUAGAGAACUGUUUCUAUUUAUAAGUUAUGCAAGUUGCUGGUCAAACGAUCCGAUUUCAGCUAUGCUGGUCCCCGGUUCUCGGCUCCCGGUUCCGGAAGUGUCGGAAAUAGUGGUCAAAAACUAAUAAACGCAACUCUCUACAUUUUCUCAAAAACAACUAAGUCGAUUUUCACAAGUAUUUCUAUUAACUUAGUUUAAAACUGUUCAAAAUUGAAAAGGUUUGAUAAUGUAUGCCCAAACAAACUUUUUUAUUCAAGUUUUUUGAAUAAUCCCUUAGUAAUAUUAAUGAAAACAUGAGUUAUAUGAGAAAGGCAUUAUAGCACCACUAGGUGGAUUAAAACAGAUUUUUACGACUGAAAAAAAUCUCAUCUUUCAUUGAACGCCCGUUAUACAACAUUAUUUAAUAGCUAUCGAAGCGAAACAAAAUUUUAACGGUAGUUCAGUGUCAUAGGUAUUUAUUUCAGAUUGCAUACUUCGGUUUGAUAUUGGAAUUAUUAAGUGUACAACUUUGCUUCCGCCGUUUUUUUUUUUAAUUUAAAGCUUUAUUGCGAAAAAGUGCUUACAGAUGUAUUAUUCAAAGUAUUGUCCGUCGCUAGCGACAAACUUUCUCCCAUCUUUCCGGAAAUUUUCGGAUCCCGGCUAGAUAAAAGGAGUCCUUUUUUGACGCUAUCCAUGAAGCAAUCCAUUUUUCCAACUCU